GAUAUAUUUUUGCACAGAGUAGAGUGACUAUUUAUAGAUCUAUAUGUAGCACAGAGUUUUCUUUUAGAGUUUAACAAUAGUUCAUUUAAUGGUUCCAAAUUGUCUGGCAUCUCUGGGUGGUGAUUACUCCAUUACUUGUGUGAAGUUAGUCACGUAGUCUCGGCAAUGUGUCCUGCCCGUCCUGCCUGGCCUGUACAGAUCAUAACGGUGAAGGAAUCAAUUUUAACAUUGAAUAAAUAUUAGUUUAUUUCAAUCUAGCUGCUGUAGAUACUAUGAAGAUUAGUGUUUUAGAUUUACCUGUAGCAGAAAUGGCAGCCGUAGAUAUUCAGAAACCUGUGGUGGUCACUCCGGACGUUAAGAUAGUUAAGGCCAAACCUGUGCGAAAGGUAUUCAAGGGUACCACGAGAAUAAUAAACAAAAUUCCACAAUCGCUACUCAAUGAUCCGGAGCUGAAUGCGGCCAUCAGUGUGCUUCCAACUAAUUACAACUUUGAGUUUCACAAAACGAUUUGGCGCAUUCGAGAAAUGAAGGCAAAACGAGUGGCACUGCAGCUGCCCGAAGGUUUGCUGAUGUUUUCGCUAGUGAUAAGCGAUAUAAUCGAGAGGUUCACUGAGGCGGACACUAUUGUUAUGGGCGAUGUGACAUAUGGCGCUUGUUGCGUAGACGAUUACACAGCUAAAGCUCUAGGCGCAGAUCUGCUUGUGCAUUAUGGGCAUAGCUGCCUUGUUCCAGUUGACCAGACAGCUGGGAUAAAAGUGUUAUAUGUUUUUGUAGAUGUAAAAAUAGAUGCCUUACACUUCAUAGAAAGUGUAAAAAUUAACUUUCCGAAGGAACGCAAACUGGCUCUCGUUAGUACGAUACAGUUUGUGGCAACGUUGCAUGCUGCUGCUAAGGAGCUUCGUGAUUAUCAUUACGAUGUAACGAUACCACAAUUCAAACCGCUAAGUCCAGGAGAAAUCCUAGGUUGCACGGCUCCUCGAAUUAUUGAAGAAAGGACGCUCAUCUACUUGGGUGAUGGACGAUUUCAUUUAGAAGCAGCGAUGAUUUCCAAUCCUGACUUGGAAGCGUAUAAGUAUGAUCCAUACGAAAAGAAGUUUACCAGAGAAUACUACGAUCACUCUGCAAUGCGCAAGAAUAGAAAACAAGCAAUCGAUGUCGGUCGGAAUGCACGGAAGUUUGGACUUAUACUGGGGACGCUAGGACGACAGGGUUCAACCAAGGUGAUGACGCAUUUACAGAAGAGAAUAAAGUAUCAUAAUCGCCAGGCAGUGAUUAUUUUACUUUCGGAGAUUUUUCCUAGUAAACUGGAAUUGUUUAAGGAUGUUGAUGCCUUUGUUCAAGUGGCAUGCCCAAGGCUCUCUAUAGAUUGGGGAACAGCAUUUCCAAAGCCGCUACUUACACCGUACGAAUUAUCCGUUGCAUUGGGUGACGCUCAGUGGAAAUUGGAUGACGAUCAUCGGUUAUCAAGCAUUGGCACAAAUGGACAAGAAACUAUGAAGGAGAACAGGAUGUUCAGUGAAGCAUAUCCGAUGGAUUUUUAUGCCAACAAAAGUCUCGGCGAGUGGACUCCCAAUCACAAACCGUUGGAUAUAUGCGAAAAUUCGUUAGACGGUGGAUGCUGUGGGAGAUGCACAGAAGAAAAAAACAGAAAAGAAACCAGUUAGAUGCCUGUAUGCACCAGCGUGCCCGGAAGCUUCCAACAUCGUGAGAUUAGCCACCAAAAACACUCGAAUUAUAACACUAGGACAUUCAUUGAAACAGUAAAGCUUUUUGUGCUUAAAAUAAUCAAGUAACACGCAAUCUAUUAUAAAUUAUGAGUUUUAUGAUAGACUUAUGGCUGGUUUGAAGGUGGGUGUUCUGAACACAUCUGUGGUAAAUUGUAUAUAUGUGUUAUUGCAUAACAGUGCGUUAAGGUGUUUGUGGCUAUCACUUGGAGAAAAUAUAGGUAUU